CAACACCAUAAAAACACAUGGCCAGUGUCAUUCCUAAGUUGGAGGAUUACGACGUAUUUCCUCAGUCGGGCUUCUUGCCCCAGAGUCUUCCUCUUGAAAGACUUCCCCAAGCUUAUUACUUGCCAUGGGAGAAUUUGGUCAACAACUUGCCCUCUCUCAUUUUGACCAAGCGAGUCAGGAUUUUGGUGGACAAAUUGCCCCUUUUGACUGUAGACAACUUAGAGUCCGAGGAACAGUACAGAAGAGCCUAUCAAAUAUUGGGUUUCUUGUCGCAUGCCUAUAUUUGGGGAGCCGAUGAACCCAUGAACAAGUUGCCCAAACAGAUUUCCGAGCCAUGGGUUCAGGUCUCUGAACACUUGGGCUUGCCUCCAAUUGCUACCUAUGCUGGUUUGUGUUUGUGGAAUUUCAAGCAGAUUAUCCCCACCGCAGAAGGCGAGGAUAUCUGGGACUUGGACAACUUGACCACCAUCAACACCUUCACAGGUUCUAUUGACGAAUCGUGGUUUUAUUUAGUCAGCGUCUAUUUCGAGCACAAAGGUGCUUUCUGUAUCAAAAUGGGAAUGGAUGCGCUUGAAAGCGCAUAUCGUGGCGAUACUGCUCAGUUGAUCAAGAACUUGCAGAAUUUGGCUGAGUCUAUCGACCACCUUGGCUCAGUAUUGAUGAAGAUGGAAGAGAUGUGUGAUCCUCACGUUUUUUACUUUCGUAUCAGACCCUAUUUGGCCGGUUGGAAGAACAUGGCCGACGUUGGCUUGGACAAGAACGGAAUCAUAUAUGGCUCUGAGACCAAGCCCCGUGCAUAUUCCGGAGGUUCUAACGCCCAAAGCUCGCUUAUUCAAUUCUUGGACAUCUUGCUAGACGUCAAACAUUACUCUACAGGAGAGAGACCUAUUCCACAUCAGAAACAAACCUCACAGGAUGACAGACCCGAGAAUGGGUUCAUGAACGAAAUGCGUAACUACAUGCCCGGUAAACAUCGUGAAUUCUUGCAGAAACUUCAAGAAGCUUCCAAUAUUAGAGACUAUGUAUUGAAGCAUGGAGAUUCGUGCCCCGAGUUGCUCUUGAGUUUUGAUGCAUGUUUGGCCAUGCUCAAGCUGUUCAGAGACAAGCAUAUCCAAAUCGUCACCAGAUAUGUUGUGUUGCAAGCCAAAAAGACAAACAACAUGGGCUCGUCGUCGACGAUGAGAUCUGGCUUGGCCAAAAAGAAGAAAAACGGUGCAGAAGAAAAGGGAACAGGAGGAACCUCAUUAUUGCCAUUUCUCAAACAAUGUAGAGAUGAAACUGGAGAUCCCGCGGCUGGUAACUGGGGUAAGAGAAUUCUCAGCGAUGGUGUAAUGAGAUUAAAGUACUCUAAGCCCAAUGGAAUCAACGAGGAUUAGCUAAUGAGAUACGAUUGAAUGUAGUCAGGAAGGAAAAAAUGGGAAGAAAUGAAGUAUAUAGACAGUAAUUAUAAUAGAAUCAUUCUGCUUCAAAUAACGCAGACUAUGAAAUACACAACUAUGAUGC